AUGGAUUUUGACGUGAUUCCGUUCGAGGACAUUAAGGGUGAUUGGAAGAAGCUUGGAAGUGGUAGCUUUGGAAAUGUCUACAAGGGGUCCUACUUGGGCAUCGAUGUCGCGAUCAAAGAGGUUCUUCCGAGCAAUGAUUAUGAUGUAGCAAAAUACUUUGAACGAGAAUGGCGGCUGAUGAAAGAGGCGCGGCACCCAAACGUCGUGCUCUACCUGGGACUCUCUCGUGCUCCACCACCAUCAAACACCAUUUACAUUAUCUCAGAGUUUAUUCCUGCUGGCAACCUACGGAGCUACAUCUUCAACCGCAGCCUUCCGCUCCCAUGGCGGCUUCGACUCUCGUUUGCGACGGACAUUGCACGCGCGCUUGCAUAUCUCCAUGCGAGGCAAUGUAUUCAUCGUGAUCUCAAGGGCGAGAACCUCUUGGUCACCUCCAACGGACGACUGAAGAUUACCGACUUUGGAUUUGCACGUAUUGCAGCUCAGACAAUGGAGGAGCGCAAGCGUCUGACCUUUUGUGGGACAGACUCCUACAUGUCCCCAGAGAUUCAACUAGGAAACGAGUUUGGCCUCCCCACAGACGUCUUCUCGCUCGGCAUCAUCUACUGUGAGCUUCUUUCGAGAAAGCUCGCCGAUGACAACACAUUCAAACGCGUACCGCCAUAUUACGACAUUGAUGUGGCUGAAGUGAGAUCGUUGGCCAGCCCAGGGGCGCCAGAAGCGUUUAUUCGGCUCGCUUUGGAGUGCUGCCAUGCGAUGCCAGAGCGCCGCCCUACAAUGCUCCAAGUGCUGGACCGCCUCCGCGUGAUCGAACUUGAAGUACUCAAUCGCGAAGACGAUGCCGACAAACUCCAUGUCGGCUCGGUCAAGCUCUUCACGGGGGUUGGAACCAAAGGCAAGGGACGACCAGGGAUCGGUCCGCGUAUUCCUAGCUUUGGGGAGGGUGUUGGGAACGAGAUACGUGGUCGCAAAGAGGGCGAGCAUAAGCGCGGGCCAGUCGGAGAUGGCGAUGGCGACACGACACCUGAAGAGACGAGUGAAGACGAGGAGCUGAUGGAGGCCAUCUCUGGCCUACGCGUGGCUCGUUCUGAAUCAGAGGACGACAGGUCCUCUCAAGGUGCAGGCACAGCAAAGCCUCGUACAUUUGAAAAGGCAAACGACUCACUACCGCUGCAAAAGGAGCAUGUGAGGAGGCAUGCCGAAGACCAAGAAGGCUCGACGCUCUCACAGGAGCCAUUGCUGAAGAGAGACGGGGCUGGGAGUAUCGCAUACACGGACUAUUCGACAAGUGUCGUCAAAAAGAUGGGCAAUAGUCCGCCCAGCCUUUCCAGCAUCCUGACCGUCCGUCCCAAUAAUCCCACACCUGCCGCUGCUAUUGGGGGAACAAAGCACGACGAUACAGUAGAGGGCAAGACAAAGGAGCAGGAGCCCCUCUCUCAAUCUGGCUUUAAGUCUCUCACCACCGACUCGCAUCUAUCAGUCGACUCUUACCAUACCGCUCGCGCAGAAGGACCCACUUCGUCUUUCAUCACGAACCCGUACGCCUCUCAUCUCAACGACAAAGGUGAUCGCGUCGGCGGUGGGUACUCGAGCUCGACGAUUGACGCGGCUUCGAUUGCUGCAGCGACUGAAGGAGGAAGUACUGUCCGCAGCGAGAUUAUCGGUGGUCUUCACCGCUUCACUCUUAUCAAGCCCGGUGCACUCAACCCAAAGUCUGGCAUAGCUCCUGCGGCCGCAGGUAGCAAGGCGGCGAAUGGUAAAUUAGCCAAAACGCAGACUGCGUUUGUCGGGUCAUCGUCAAGCUGGAGUCCAUUCGAAUUCUUCUUCUCUUCUGGGUUUGGGUUUGGAAGUAGUGCGAAUAAGGCCGCGACAGCAAAGUGUGAUUUGUGUGGCAAGAGGCUGGGAUGGAAGCCAUGCUUGGAAUGCGACGAUUGUGGCCUUAGGUCGCAUAUCAAGUGCGGCGAGCUCGCACCGCGUGAUUGUGGUUUGCGAGGGAGUACGUCAGGCACGAAUGGUGUCGGAAUGCAACGUAUGGCAGCGUCCCCGCCCGCUGGCAAACUCCGAUCCAACGCGCGACUCCGAUGA